AUGUCAGAUACAAUCUCUCUCAUUGUAGCCCUGAAAGGUUGCGAUAACAUUGAAACUGAGGGUCACAUCAUUCGUGUCGGUAAUGGUGCCAAUACUGAUACUGUUCGUACCUUAGCCGCCGAAAAGCUUGGUUUAGGUGUCGCUUUGGUGGACAUUAUUCUUGAAACUACAUCAGGCGAGGUCUUGACUGAAAUCGAACGUGUCAAAUCUCAACAAGUUGUCAUUAUUAAUCUCAAGGAACAAAUUAAGGAUAUUCCCGGUCCCACUAAGUUACCCAUGGUUGGUAACCUUUACGACAUGUUGCCUGAUUUAAAUGCUGGUUGGGCCAAGCAAUUCAAGAAUUACGGUAAAAUUGCCACUGUCAGUAUCUUGGGUACAGAGAUUGUCGGUACCAACGAUCCUGCUAUUGCUGAAUUGUUCGUCAAGGAAUCUGAGUACUUCACCAAGCAAAUCGGAACAUCCUUGAAGGAAAUUAAAGACUUUGCUGGUAAUGGCUUAUUCACUUCAAACAGUGAAUCCGAUGAAUGGAAGUUGGCCCAUAAGAUCUUGAUGCCCGCAUUCAGUCCUCGUGCUAUCAAGGCCUAUCAACCUGAAAUGGGUAUAAUUGCUCAAGAAACCAUGGAUGUUCUUGGUGAAUACUCUCCUGAUGAUAAAGUUGAAAUUCUUGAAUGGUGUACUAAAUUGACUUUCGAGACUAUCGGUCGUAUCGGUUUCGGUUACUCUUUUGACUUGAUGGAUCGUAACAAGCCUAAUCAUCCCUUCAUUGAUGCCAUGGGUUAUGCUCUUGGUAGCAGUCUGAACCGUUUUGCUCGCCCUACAUUUAUGAAGAACAUGCCACUCGAAUCUAACCGCAAGUGGCAGCAAGGCAACAAUCUGAUGCACUCUAUCGUCGAAGGUGUUAUUGCCGAACGUAAAGCCAGUGAAUUUGCCAAGAAUUCCGAAAAAGAUCUUUUGGGUUUCAUGUUGAAUGCUCGUGACGAACACAACUUGGGUCUCAGUGAUGAGAAUAUUCGUGAUCAAGUUGUUACCUUCUUGAUUGCCGGCCAUGAUACUACUGCAAAUACCUUAGCUUGGGCUCUUUAUGAACUCUCUAGACACCCUGAAAUACAGGCCAAGAUACUCCAAGAAAUUGCUAAUGUCGGUAUCACAUCUGAUGUCUUACCUACUGUUGAACAAGUCAGUAAUCUCAAGUAUAUUCAUAAAGUCUUGAAAGAAACUCUUCGUCUCCAUGCUCCUUUAAGAGUUAUCACCAAGUAUUGUAAGAAGGACUGUGUUGUCCCCGGUGGUUACCUCGUUAAGGCCAAUACUAAUGCUACUGUUUCCGUUCUCAACAUGCAUAUGAAUCCUGAAAUCUAUAAGAAUCCUGCCCAAUUCGACCCCGAACGUUUUACUCCUGAGGAAGAGCAAAAGAGAUCUCUCUAUGCUUGGUUGCCUUUCAGUACUGGACCCAGAGCUUGUAUCGGUAUGGCCUUUGCUUUACAAGAAGCCAAGACUGUUCUUGCCAUGUGGCUUCACCGUUUCGAAUUCAAGUAUGAUGGACCUGAUGUUCUCUACGAUCCAAAUCAACCUACUACUAAGCCUCUUGAUAUGUUCAUGACUAUUCAUCCUCGUACCAACUUCCCCGAGAAAUCCGAAGAAGCCCUUGAUCUCACUGAAGUACCCACUGAAAAGAUCGGUAUGCCCGUAUUAAACCAUGGUGUUUCAACUCUUGGAAGUAUUGAAUUGCCCAAGAUUACUUUCCUCUUUGGUACUCAAACCGGUUCUGCUCAAGAUUACUCCAACCAAUUGUCUGCCCAAGCUAAACGUUUUGGUUUCAAAGAUAUUGCUUUCAGCUCUAUGGAUCAUUGGAAGGUUAUCCAAUCUGGUACUUACGAAAAGUCAUCUGAAAAGAAGAAGAACGAGUUGGUUGUUAUCUGUACUGCUACUUACAAUGGUCAACCUCCUGAUUCUGCCGAAAACUUUAACAAGUUCUUGGACGUCAACAUGCAAGCUGGUAAUGAGAACUUACUUGACGGUAUUGACUUUGCUGUAUUUGGUCUUGGUAACAGAAACUGGAGAACAUAUCAAGCUUUCCCUCUCAAGGUUGAUUCCUCUUUGGAAGCUCUCGGAGCCAACCGUUUCUUCGCUCCUGGUACUGGUGAUGCUGAUAAGGAUAUGGAUGGUGACUUCAAUCAAUGGUGUGCCUAUUUCUGGACUCAUACACUUGGCAAAUUUGGUGUUGCUGCAUCUUCAAGCAAGUCUGUUGUUCCUACCGCUACUUUAUCUGCCGAAGAUUCCGAUUUAAGCACUGCCAAGAUUGACUUUAUCUCCCCAUCGGACAAGGUCAAGUGGGAAGCUGCCAACAAUAACAAGAACGGUGACUAUAAUGCAAAGUUGCUUGUGAACCGCGAACUUCAAAAGGAGGGUUCUGAUCGUAGUACUCGUCACAUUGAAAUUGAUAUCUCUCAACUCGAAUCUGCUAGCUCUGUCCAGGGCCAACUCUACGAUGCUGGUGAUCAUAUUGAAAUCAUGCCUGAAAACAAUGUUCAAGAAGCAGAGCGUAUUGCUUUAGGUUUCGGUCUUGUUCUCGAUUCUGUAUUUGAAGUUGAUGCCUCAUCUGCCGAUAGCCUCUCCCCUCGCUCUAUGGCUGCUGUUAUCAAGGGACCUUGUACUGUUCGUAACGCUUUGGUCUACUAUGCCGAUCUGAUGUCCCCUCCCUCUCGUCGUAUGUUGAGUUAUUUUGCAGCCCAACUUCACGCUACUGCUCCUGAAACCGCCAAGGUAUUUGAUAGUUUGACUAUGCCUGACGAAAACAACAAGGAUCAAUAUCCUUCCUUCAUCAAAAAGCACAGAACUUUGCUCGACCUUCAAUUAGCCUUCCCUCAAGUCAGCCGCAUUGAUCUCGGUCAGUUCUUAGCAGCUGUUAGUGUUAUGCAACCUAGACGUUACUCUAUUGCUUCUUCCCCUCUUGUCUUCCCCAAGCAUGCUCAUAUUUCCGUCGGUGUUGUUGAUGAUAUUGUUGGAGAUAAGCAUUAUGCCGGUCUUGCAUCCUCUUACUUAAAGAGACUCCAAGGAGAAAACAUGUCUGGUAUCCGUGCUAGUCUCAAGUCAUCCAAGAGUUCUUUCAGUAUGCCUGAAGAUAUCACCAAGCCUUUGAUCAUGAUUGCAGCUGGUACUGGUGUUGCACCUUUCCGUGGUUUCCUUCAAGAAAGAGCUUUCCAAAAGAAGAACGGUCAAGAAGUCGGACCCUGUACCUUGUUCUUUGGUUGUCGUAACCCCGAAAAGGAUUUCAUCUAUAGCGAUGAGCUUGAAGAAUAUGUUAACUCUGGUGUUCUUGUCAGCAAGCAUAUUGCCUUCUCUCGUAUGAAUCCUCCUGCUUCUCAAAAGUAUGUUCAACAUGCCUUGUUGGCCAACGCUGGUGAAGUCUGGUCUUUGUUGUUGAAUGGUGGAGGCGCCAAUGGAGGUGCUGUUUAUAUUUGUGGUAGUGGUGUGAUGAGUCGUGAUGUUUACUCUGCUUUCCAAGUCUGCGCCAAGAGUUUCGGUGAAGCUCAAAAUAACGAAGAAGCAGAUGAGUUCCUUCAAAAACUUGUGGAUGAGAAGAACUUCUUGCAAGAUGUUUGGGGUUAA